AUGGUCCCCACAGCCCCUCUUGCAAACACCCUUCACUUCUCAGGAGCCCCACAUCCAGACAAUGCCACUUCAGCGAAAGACCCACAUCUUUGCUCCAGGAACGCCUCACACCCCAAAACAAGCAACUUCAGUCCCAGUUGGAACUGUUCUCUCCUAGACGUCCCCCCCCCAAAAAGUGGGCACCCCAUAUUUCCUGGAAGAAUCGAACCAUCUCCCGAUCAGAGCGGCCCUAUAUCUCCCCUCGACGUCCAGGCGAAUCGCCUGCAAGAUUUCCCCUUUAUUUCCUUCCCCGGGCGCGCCCUAGCGCUCCGCCCGCCCCGUCGGGAAAAGGAAAUGGGGAAUGAAAAAAGCCUCCCGCGGGCCGCCGCAGCUCACCUUGACUUUCUGCAGGCGGGUCAGCUGCAGUUCGUGGACGAAGGGGUUGGGGGCGGCAGCAACCUCGUCCUCCUCCGCCCGCCCCCUGCUCGAGCCCCCCUCCAUGGCCGUGUCCCCCUUCCAGGCUCCCCUUCUUCCAGCCUGGGACUUGUCCCCGCGGCCGGAGCCCGGGGCCUGGGAGGGGAAAGAAGGAUGGAUGGGUGGGUGGGUGAAUCGGCGGGAGGACCGGCGGGCGGCUGGAGGGACGCCCUGGCACCGGACCGCAGCAGGAGGGAGCCAGGAUGCUCUAGGCAAGGGGGAGGAAGGCGGGACCACGGCGCGGUCGUCACGGCGACACUACAGCUGGGGGACGGACUUUCGCUUUGGAGGGACCGGAUGGAGGAGGAAGAAGAUAGAGGCUUUAGAGAAGGAGAAGAAGCGUCUAUAGAUCCACUUCUUCUCAUGGGCAUUCAGCCCAGUGAAGGAUACCAAGACUCAGCUAGAGGGCAACCUGUUCAGUGGGGUUCAAUAGUAUCGCCAACAGCCAUGAAAGAUGUCAGAGCCUGGCCCUCAGAAGAAUCCAGGGCAGGGCUGGGAGAAAUCCCGUCUCCUGGUUUUCCUCCCCACCUGUUCCUCUUUGACCCUCUCCAGAUCUAUCUUUGGCUUGCCAGGUUCUCUGCUAAAGCAAAGAGCUCUCUGCAGGGACACUUGCAGCCCGGGACUGAGAUGUUGCAAGGAUGAAGAUCAAUUUAUGGCAAGAGAGAUUUGCCUCCUGGAGUCUUGCCAAUGGCUCCUUAUGUUGCUUCAAGAUAUUAUUCUGACAUGUCAAUAAUAUUUGAUAAAAGCCUGUUUUAUGACCUCAUUCCAAGCAACGCUGCCAUCUAGGGAUGGAAGAAUCUGUCAGUUUUGCUUCUCUAAGUUUCUCACUUUUUCAAUCUUAAAUUUGGUUCUCCAUAUUUCUGCAGCAAUUUGUAUUUUUUUUUUUAAAUCCUCAUGAAAAUUCUUCAGCAUUUUGGUGUGAAUUUCUCCUUGCAUAUACAUUUUUUACUGUGAUUUUGGCUAACUUACAUGUUUUUCCAAGCAAGUUCUCCUAUUAUGAUGCAUUUUUAAUGUUAUUUUAACAAAUAUAUUCAUUAUUAUGCACACUUUCCCCUAACUAGUGCCAUUUGGGCAAACAUUGCUUGGUUGGAGAGCUGCUUUGCAAAAUUUGGAAAUGUGCGACUUUCAAAGAUUGGCUGUGUUUCGGUUCUCCUAUGGUUUUGGAAAGUGUGAAUUUGAUAAAUUCGGCUUUAAAUGUGAACUGGUCAAAUUUCUCCCCCACCUCUAUCGCCGUCUCUGCGUUUCUUUUCAGCUCCAAGUUUUGCUCAGAAAUGUACAGAACUGUGAGUGCCAAUAAAGCAGGAGGGAGGGCAGGACAUUAAUUAAUUAAAUAUGAAUGCACAUUUCUGCCUGUUAUUAAUUGCAAUUGUUAAUUGCAAAAGAUAUUCUGGCUCACAAUUUGGAGACCUUUUGAACCAGGAGUGGGCAACCUCAGUCCCAGGCCUCUUGCUCUCUCUGGCCCUCAGAACUCACCCUAGGCCAGAUCCUUCACUGGCCUUGCUUGGCGCCCUGAUAGUGUUUGCCUGGCUGGAGUGUGCCCUUGAGCCUCUUAAUGCUUGCCUGGAGGGAGAGGGGUGUGUGAGUGUGUGUAGAAGCUAGCUUACUAUACAAAGGCAACAUUUGCUUUUAUGGCCCUGCACACUUUUGCCUCUGGCCCAGCCCACCCCCAGCAUGUGGCCCUCGGAAGAUUGGCCAGAAAGGGAAUGUGGCCCUCAAGCUGGAAAAGGUCCUCCACCCUUGUUUUUAAACAGUUCACAAGACAAGCUUGUCGCAUAGUAUGGCCAACGUGGACUGAUGCCACUGAACCAACAGUGCCUUGAAAACAAUGUGCUCCCUUUGAUUCCUCCUGAUGUGUACAAUGCACACUUAUAUUAGAUCAGGCGUGGGGAACCUUUUGCCCACCAGAUGUUGCUGAGCUACAACUCCCAUCAUCCCUAGCAAGCGUGGUCAAUGGCCCGGCAGGAUGGGAGUUGUAGUUCAGCAAUCAUCCGGAGGGCAAAUGAUUCCCCAUAUCUAGAACUGGUCUAAACCUCUUCUGACCUAUGAACAAGGAGGGAAGGAGAGGCGUGAUAGAGAAUGAGGGCCUACCCAGGGCAAAGGGAGGGAGAAGAAAAUCAAUUUGCAAUGUCAGGAAAUUGUGGCUUUGAGAUCUUCAGUUUGAGAGGAGGCGCAGGAGCCGGAGGGGAAGCCGCAGCAGCUGCUGCCACCACCGAGGAACAAGCCCGGAGUGAAGCGACUGGUGCCAUUUGAUGAUCUGGGUUGGGGCAGUCGGUGGUGGAUGGACUAAAAUCCACUCUUGAGUAGCAUGGCGUUGCUAAUCCAUCAUCUCGGUCGUCAUGGAGAAAGGAUCUCUCCUCCAGGUCUUUCCCCCCAAGAUCCAUUCCUUUGGACUUCUCCUGUGCCCAUCCUUCCUUACACCCACAUUUAUUUAUUUACGUAUUGCCUGUUGUAAAUUGUAUUGUUUUUACUGAUGUAUUUUUAUAUUUGUGCUUUUUGUAAGCCGCCUUGAGGGCCUUUUGGCCAAAAGGCGGGGUAGAAAUAAACAGCAAC